CCAGAUUUAGGGUUUUGCUGUUUAUAUCUAGCUUUUGCUCUCUGCGCAGAAGAGCACCCAACCCUAACCAUGGCGGCGCAACCAGCGGUGGAAUCCGUCCAAUGCUUCGGUCGGAAGAAGACGGCGGUGGCGGUUACUUACUGCAAGCGAGGCUCCGGUCUGAUCAAGAUCAAUGGUUGUCCGAUCGAGCUUAUCCAGCCUGAGAUCCUCCGUUUCAAGGUCUUCGAGCCGAUCCUCCUCCUCGGACGGCACCGUUUCGCGGGGGUCGACAUGAGGAUCCGCGUCAAAGGCGGUGGUCACACAUCGCAGAUCUACGCCAUCAGACAGAGCAUAGCGAAGGCGCUCGUGGCGUUUUACCAGAAGUAUGUGGACGAGCAGUCGAAGAAGGAGAUAAAGGAUAUCAUGGUGAGGUAUGACAGGACGUUGCUAGUUGCCGAUCCUAGAAGGUGUGAGCCCAAGAAGUUCGGUGGUCGUGGUGCUCGUGCCAGAUUCCAGAAGAGUUACCGUUGAAACAACAAGAAAAAGGUUUUGUGGGUUUUUUUGUUUUGUUUUGGGUACUUGGUUCUUAUUCCUAUAUGCUUAUCAGUGUGACUUAAGAUUUUAUGUCUGUUUAAAGCUGGAGGCUUUUGAUUGUUGAUUUUGGUAAUGUCAACACUUAUAUCCUGGGGGUGUUAUAAUCUUA